AUGGUCCUACAGUUGCUUGUCAUGGUCGCCCUGCUGGGUGCCUCUUCGUUCGCGGUCGGGAUGCUCCCACUAUCGUACGCGUUUUCGAAAAGUCACCUCGAACGUCUCUCCGCACUUGGAACAGGACUCCUUCUCGGAGCGGCGUUGGGUGUGAUUAUCCCAGAGGGAUUGGAAGCUAUAGCUGAAGCACAUCCUAAAGAACUUCCAAUGGGUCUUAUUUCUUUAUGCCUCGUCGUCGGUUUCGUCGUCAUGCUUGUCAUCGAGCAGCUGGUAUCGCCCAAUGGCCGCUCGCACUCAUUUGACGACAUGCAUAUACCCGCACAGAAGGCACGGGCUCCAGAUAGUGCGUCCCAGAUAGAAUUCGACGCUGAACUCGGGGAUCUUGAUCCCGAAGGGCGUGUCUCGGAGACUGCUAGUGGCUCCGAUCCAGCGACCAUUGUCUCUUCGGACGCAGGCUCGGGCAAAGAGCGCGCUUUUGCUCUCCUUAUCGGACUCGUUAUUCACGCUGCCGCUGACGGACUUGCCCUCGGUGUCGCAAACGUCGCUAGUGGUGCAUCUAGCGCCUUUGUUGUUUUCCUGGCUUUGGUUCUGCACAAAGCACCCACCGCGUUGGCAUUCACGACAUCACUUUUGUCUACGAAUCUCCCUCGACUCAAGUGCAAGAUGUACCUCGUCAUCUUCAGCUUGUCAACCCCAAUCUCGGCCCUUGCUUCCUAUUUCAUCCUUGCCAUCUUCCAAGGUCGCGACGAGUCGUCCAACCUUGCUGGACUCGCUCUUCUGGCCUCGGGUGGGACAUUUUUAUAUGUUGCCACCGUUCUCCAGCCUGUCUCAAAUCAUUCGCCAAUCCCUGGUGAUAUGCGUCCUGCAUCUCGCGUUCUUUUCAUCUCCCUCGGAAUGUUUAUCCCACUUGUGUUGAGCACAAUCUUUGGACACGGUCAUUAA